UUGUUGAUAAAUUGCUAAAAGUUUGCUAAUUUCAUAGUAGGAAAAUAUUGGCAAGGUCUGUAUUUAUCGGUUGAAACUAUUUGCGUUCAAGUACUCCUAGAGGACGAUUAACAUGGGUAUACCAGUGGAAUUGUUGCUAAUUUUAGUGGUAAUUUGCUUUUUAAAUCGCAGAGGUCUAAGCGCAAACAUAUCAGAUAACUCUCUAAAUAAUAAUACCGAUGUCCUAAAUCCGGAGUUGAAUCAAUCGUCUCUUCCCACUGAAAAACCUUUGACAUCUACACACGCAGCACCGAUUUAUGGAAUUUUAUGGGAAAUUCCAGAACCUGAGCUAGAUUAUUGGGACUGGUUCGAACCGCCCCCAGAAAUCGAAGAAGAACCACCUGAAGUUCCUGGACAUUGGGAAGGGAAUGAGAUAAUGGAGCUGGAGCCCCAAGAAAUCGAUUUACUCAUUUAGCUGUAACUUUUAACCAAGUAUUAUUAUUUGAACUGCGGAUUUAACAAGCAACUCUAUGCUCAGCUGCAGCAGUUAAAUCCAAUUAUUUAGUUAGUUAUUUAAAAUCACUAAGAACAGUGGAGUUUGAUAGGGGCCAGGAGCCUUCACCUGCAACAGAAAAGUCCGACAAACAGUCUGGUUGAAACUUGCCAAGUUAAUUUACUGAAGAUAAUUAGGACAAACGAUUAUUAAUGUGAACAUAACUAAAGGUAGAUUUAAUUGAUAAUUUUGAUAAAUCUUUAUUGGAUGUCUCUGAAAUAUGUAAAAUCUAUUUCGAGAUCAGUUUAAAUUGUAUGUGAAUUAAUUAGCUUUCGCAGCUGUUCAGUUAAAUAUUGGCUGGCUGCAGA